GUGAGGAGGCUGGUCGUCCCUGUUCUUCCUGUCCCGUUAAUACGUUUCAGUCGAAGUCCUCUCUGAUUAACCUCACUUCAGGUCUGAUUCUCUGGAGUUCCUUCCUUUCAUCUUUCGGGACUCGGCUCGUGAGCUUGUGACCCGGAUCGUUGUGGUCCAGACGCGGGUCGCUCCUCUCUCCGGGACCGGGACCGGGACCGGGGCAUGUCCGCGUCCCGCUCCGGGCUCGGGGUUUGUGCAGGCAGUGUUCUGGAGCUGUGAUCCGGUCCUCCUCCGGUGGGGGGGCUGCCGGUUCUCCGUGAAGCGGACCGCAGAGACCGACUGACCGAGCCGGACCGAGCCGGACCGAACCACGGCAUCAUGGGAGCGGAGCAGAGCGGGGACGCCGAGCACAAGCACUCAGACUACAGCUCUUCAGCGGUUCCGUCUCCAGCCCGGCACAAGGCCCGUAUGGACGACAUCGUGGUGGUGGCUCCGGGGACUCAGUCCCUGCGGAACAUCCACAGCGACCCGGACGUGAUCAAGCUGCAGGAGAUCCCCACCUUCCAGCCGCUGCUCAAGGGCGUCCUGAGUGGACAGACGUCCCCCAGCAGCGUGUGUCUGGAGAGGCUGGACGCCGCCCAGGUGCUGCAGCUGUGCGUCCGCUACCAGGACCACCUGCACCAGUGCGCCGAGGCCGUGGCCUUCGACCAGAACGCGCUGGUCAAGAGGAUCAAGGAGAUGGACCUGUCCGUGGAGACGCUGUUCAGCAUCAUGCAGGAGCGGCAGAAGCGCUACGCCAAGUACGCCGAGCAGAUCCAGAAGGUCAACGAGAUGUCCAUGAUCCUGCGCCGCAUCCAGAUGGGCAUCGACCAGACCGUGCCGCUGAUGGAGCGCCUCAACAACCUGCUGCCCGAGAGCGAGCGCCUGGAGCCCUUCAGCAUGCGGCCCGACGGCGAGGCGGCCAGCAAGUAGCUGGUCUGGGGGGGGGGGGGGGGUCAAUGAGGACCAGGUCUGAGCCUUCAGACUCUUCAGACUUCAGUCCUGCUGCGUUCUGGACUCGGUCCUCCUGCAGACGGGUUCAGACCAGAACCGUGUGAGACGGCUGGAGGAGGAGGAGGAGGAGGAGGAGCUGAAGAGGCCUGGCUCCUGGCGUGGUGAUGAAGAUGUGAACUGCUCCUCAUCCUCUGUUUGAACUGUAGUCACUCAGAACUUUUGGGUUCUUCGUUCUGAUCGGUACGAGGCUGAGGGUUCUGGACGCGUCUCGCAGAUUCAGACCGGAGCUUCAGUCUUUCUGCUUGUUCGUUUGUUUGUUUGCUUCUCAGAUAUUUAGCGCCAGAUUCUGUCACUGUUUGUGAAUCUGCAUGUUCUCACACUGUCUCGCUGUUCGGACUCUGGAUGUUCUCCCUCACACAGAUCACACCCACUGCGCCUCAUUUCUGAGGAAAAGCUGUGAACAUCUGCACAUGUUGAAAGUCUUCUCAAACACUCCGGAGAACACUGCGCCGGCUCGGUUCCUGGGUUCUGGUGUGGAUCCAGCUCCGGACCGGUUCCUCCUCGGAUCCCCAGCCGCUGCCGUGCGGGACAGAAGUCGUGUUUAACGUGCAGCUCCUCUGAUCUGCUGGAGCCUUUCAUGUGUAAAUUAAAGCGUCCUGAUGGCCGUGGGGUUAUUGUUUGAACGCUGGAGUGGGAGCGGCGGCUGCUCGUCCCUCCCAGCUGGAUAUUAACGCCACGCCGUACAAUACCGUCUGCAGCAGGAAACUCGCUCCGUCAAAUGAAAGAGAAAUCCAAUUUCCUCUGCAUGCCGUCUCAUUUCAAUAUAAAUCGCUGGCUGCUCUGCUC